GAAUUGGCAUGUGUUCUAGUUUCAGAUUGAGUGUGGGUUUUUUUUUUUUUUUUAAAUUUUAAUGCCAGGACUCUUUCAGCUUACUGGUGCACAGCCAUCCAUCCCUACCCCUCAUGGCCCCUCCGAGUGAAUCUGUGCCAGCGACCAUCCCCUGCCACAUUCCCCCCUUCGCCAGACCCCUGGCUCCUUACCUCAAGAGUCGCCAGGAAGCUCUUCGCAUCCGACAAGUUCUGACCUCUUAUCUUCGCUCCCACAUCGCAUUCGUGGACAAUGACGCCAGCCACCCCGGUUGCCAUGCCCAAUCCCACGUUUCCCUAUGUGUGCCGGACGACACCGUCGUCGAGAUCAAGCGUAUUCCGGCGGAGCUCACAGGGCUGAGGAAGGCGUAUCUCCAGGCGUUGCAAGCGAACGUCACCGCCAGGAAACAGCAGCAGUUGAUCCUGGAGAAGACUGCUCGGGCAUCUGAAGGGGCUACUGGUGCGGGAAUAUCCGCCCCGAAUGCAUCCCUCGAGCUGCAAGCUUAUCUGAAGCUCGUUCGAGAGCGACGCCGACAUGCGAAACUCCGAGUUUUCCAGCAUUACCUUCAGGAAUUCAAGGAACGGGAUCCUGUUAGGCCCGAGGAUUUUGAGGAUCAGGAAGGUCGGAACCAGUUUACAAUCCCCGAAGAAUUCGCAGAUGAAAGCCCAAAGGGCUCAAGAGUGGAGGGAGGUAUUGGGGAAUUAAUGCAUAAACUAGAGAGGGCAGUGAUCCGGGCAAAGACCCAACUGGACAGAGAAAGGAAGCUAUACGAGGAGCUGAAGAGUAGGAAUGGGUCUGGAGGGGGAAAUCGAGCUGAAGAGGUCGCGCCAGCCGUGAAGAUUGCAGUCCUCCAGCGAACCCGCGACGAGCUUGUGCAAUGGGUCGAAGAGAAGCUUGUGGGCGGAGGAACUGGCGAAGAAGCACCUGUCCCGGACCUUCCUGCGGAAGAGAUUGAAGAAUCCGUGCGUAUCCUCGAGGAACAGAAGGGGCGAAUUAUGGAACAGUACGCGGCCUAUACGGAUUCCCGCAAACGCCUGCUGGACGCGGCCUCUCGGGCUUGCCAGCCUAUCUCCACAGCAUCUACAAAGCCCCCCUCCCGAACUCCCGAUCCCGGUAUAUCUACAGUGGAGGCGACGUUACCUAUUGAGCCAUUGGAGGUCUUGUCUUUCGCCAGUGACGUUCUUCACCCACUGGCGAAGAGCCAGCGGUCCCUGGCUCUGCAGAAAUUCUACUUGUCUGCCUUGCUGGCCAAGGAGAAGAGCACGACGCUUCGGAUUCUACAUCGCCUCAGCGACGAGAGCCACCUUCUGCCCGAGUAUCCCAUUCUGGCUCGCCAGCCCCGUUUCAAGCAUGCAGCCGCCGCUCUUGGCUCUCGUCCUACUGCGAACGAAGGGGAGUCAACCAAGCCGGACGAGAUUGUCAGAAUGGCCGAGGCAUGGUCUUUUGCAUCUGAGGCGGCAGGAUCGGCAGAGAAAGAAUAUGUAGAGGUGAAGGUAGCAGAGGGGAGCGACCGGACGGAGGAGGCACAACACCUGAUGGAGAGGGUGUAUGAUACAUUGAAUCAAGACCUGGAAGAGACCCUGGAAGACGAGCAGGAGAAUAAGCCGGAGAGGGACAUAUGGGCGUACGAGGCUCAAUCGACCCGAAGUCGCGGGAGAGCGAAUCGCGGCGAAAAGCGCUCGAAAGGGCCGUGGACUCGCUUGAACGGGAGAGUGGGCCUGACGGAUCAGAAAACAGCGUAGGAAAUACAUACAUACAUACAUAUAGAUAUAU